AUGGGAGCCCUGGCGCAUCGCUGGUGGGAAUGGAGGGCGGCUAUUGGCUGUACUCUGAACUGCAGUUGCCCAAGUUUCAAACCAGGGAAAAUCAACCACCGUCAGUGUGAGCAGUGCAGACAUGGAUGGGUGGCCCACGCUCUCAGUAAGCUGAGGAUCCCCCCCAUGUACCCAACAAGCCAGGUGGAGAUUGUCCAGUCCAACGUGGUGUUCGACAUCAGCAGCCUCAUGCUCUACGGGACGCAGGCCAUCCCUGUCCGCCUGAAAAUCCUCCUGGACCGGCUCUUCAGUGUGCUGAAGCAAGACGAGGUCCUGCAGAUCCUCCAGGCCUUGGGCUGGACGCUCCAGGACUACGUCCGCGGAUACGUGCUGCAGGACGCCUCGGGAAAGGUGCUGGACCACUGGAGCAUCAUGACGAGCGAGGAGGAGGUGGCCGCCUUGCAGCAGUUCCUGCGUUUUGGAGAGACCAAGUCCAUAGUGGAGCUCAUGGCAGUUCAGGAGAAGGAGGAGCCGUCGGUCAUUGUCCCGCCCUCCGCAGCGAACAUGGACAUUAGGGCCUUCAUCGAGAGCUGCGGCCCCAGGGGUGCCAGCCUCCCCGCUUCCCUGGACAGAGGGAGUCCCGGCAACGGGCACCCCUUUGAGAACCUCGUAAACAACAUGACGCUCAUGCUCCCCCUGCAGUUCUUCAACCCGGUGCCUCCUGCGCUGAUUGGGCCACUGCCCGAGCAAUACGUGCUGGAGCCUGGCCAGGACCAGGGUCGGGACCCCAGGCAGGAGAUCCUGGGGCCCUUCCCUGACAGAAGCUUCCUGACGUCCGGCUCCUCGCCGUUUCAGGCUGAAAAGGAGCAGUGUCUGAGCUGCCCUGACACCGUUGCCACUGGCAGGGAGGACGGCUCCCACCUGAGCGACUCCAGCCCCUACAACCUCAUCGCCAAGCCCGAGAGGACACAGCCGUCCCCCGAGGCCAAGGCGAAGCCGGAGAGGAACGGCCUGGGCACCAGGAAGGGCCGGGUGUUCUGCACAGCCUGCGAGAAGACCUUCUACGACAAAGGGACCCUCAAGAUCCACUACAGCGCCGUGCACCUGAAGGUCAAGCACAAGUGCACCGUCGAGGGCUGCAACAUGGAGUUCAGCUCCCUGCGGAGCCGCAACCGGCACAGCGCCAACCCCAACCCCCGGCUGCACAUGCCCAUGAACAGGAACAACAGGGACAGGGACCUGAGGAGUGGCCUGAACCUGGCCGCCUCCGAGAACCGCAAGCGCCCGGGGUUCACGGUCACGUCUCCGGACUGCAGGCCGCUCCCCGGCUGCCCCGGUUCGGGCGAGGAUUCCAGGGGCCGAGGGGUCUUCCCGGGCGCCGGGCAGAACGGCAUGCUUCUUCCCGUCCUGAAGACUGUCCAGCCUGUCCUGCCUUUCUACCGCAGCCCUGCCGCUCCUGCCGAGCUGGCGAACACGCCCGGGGUGCUGCCUUCCCUCCCCCUGCUGUCCUCUUCCAUCUCAGAGCAGCUGGUCUCCAACGAGAUGCCCUUCGAUGCCCUUCCCAAGAAGAAGUCCCGGAAGUCCAGCAUGCCGAUCAAAAUCGAGAAGGAGGCAGUGGAGAUUGCCGAGCAGAGGAGGCAGGCGCUCAGCUCCGACGAGGACUUGCCCCUGCAGGUGGUCAGUGAGGAUGAGCUGGAGGCCUGCAGCCCUCGGUCGGGCGGGGCACCGGAGGAGCAGCCCGCGCAGUCGGGAUGCCCAGGGAAGCCUCUCCCCGAAGGGCAGGUGGCCUGCCACCUCCAGUCGGUGACCGAGCCCAGGGGAGCCAUCGGUGGAACCCCUGAACAGGCCACACGCAGCUCUGAGAGGGAGCUGGAGCAGAAGCCAGCGCUGACGCUGACCAUGGCGCCCAGGGAGGCAGAGGACGGCGGCCCGGAGCUCCCCCUCCCGCCUGGGGUGGAGCCCUGCCUCCCUUUCCCAGACUACGUCAGGCUGCAGCAGCACCUGCUGGCCGGGGGGCUCUUUGGCGCCCUGUCCACCCGAGGAAUGGCGUUUCCCUGCUUCGAAGAUCCUAAGGAGCUGGAGCACGAGGGCCAGCACUCGUCGGCCAGGCGGAAGGAAGACGGUCGCCACCAGUGUGACCUGUGUCAGAAGACCUUCAAGAACGCCUGCGGCGUGAAAACGCACCACCGGAACACGCACGCCAAGGAGCCGCACCUGUGCACGGUGGAGGGCUGCCAGGCCACCUUCCCUUCCCGCAGGAGCAGGGACAGACACAGUUCAAACCUAACCCUCCAUCAAAAAGUAUUGACCCAGGAAGCCUUGGAGAGCAGCGAAGACCAUUUCCGGGCAGCGUACCUUCUGAAAGAUGUGGCCAAGGAGGCCUAUCAGGAUGUGGCUUUCACACAGCAGGCCUCCCAGACGUCCGUGAUCUUCAAGGGAACCGGUCGGGUGGGCAGCCUGGUUUACCCGAUGACCCCAGUCCACGGUGCCGCCUUGGAGAGCUACAGCUCGGGCCCACCGGGCGACGGCGCCAUCCUGGACUUGAGCACUACCUCGAGCAUGAAAUCGGGGAGCAGCAGCCAUUCCUCUUGGGACUCGGACGGGGCGAGUGAGGAGGGCACCGUGCUCAUGGAGGACAGUGACGGGAACUGUGAUGGUCCCGGCCUCGCCCCCGGGGAAGACGAGUACCCCAUCUGCGUCCUGAUGGAGAAGGCCGACCAGAGCCUCGCCAGCCUGCCCUCCGGGUUGCCCAUAAUGUGUCACCUCUGCCAAAAGACGUAUAGUAAUAAAGGGACCUUCAGGGCCCACUACAAAACUGUGCACCUCCGCCAGCUGCACAAAUGCAAGGUCCCGGGCUGCAACACCAUGUUCUCUUCGGUGCGCAGCCGGAACAGACACAGCCAGAACCCUAACCUGCACAGAAGCCUGGCCUCCUCUCCGAGUCACCUCCAGUAACGAGGUCGGGUACAUUGUUUUGGGGAGAGGGUAGUCCAAAGACAGGUUUGUAACUUCAAUACCAUUGGGACAAGCCAGGCCAAAAAAAAAAGUAUUUGUGUUGACUUUCUAGUCGCCUACUGCAGGAUGAGCGAAAGACGAGCCUUGUGGGGA